AUGGGUGGGAACAGAUCCGUAGAAAAUUGCUUGAAUUUGAAGAUUUUGGUGGGAUUUAUUUUCGUUUUCGCAAUUCGGUUUUCUUAUGGAGUUACCAAUCCUAAUGAUGUUGCUGCACUAAAUAGCUUAUAUGUUGCGUUUGAAUCACCUGCUCUACCGGGAUGGGUUGCUUCUGGUGGAGACCCAUGUGGUGAAGCUUGGCAAGGUGUCCAGUGUGAUGGUGGUACAACCAUAAGUUCAAUAACACUCAAUGGGGCUAAUUUGAAUGGAGAAUUGGGUGACAGCUUAGGAACAUUUUCUUCUAUCAAAUCAAUACAACUAAGUAACAACCUUAUUGGGGGUAGCAUUCCGUCAGAGCUUCCUGCUACAUUACAGAAUUUUUUUCUUUCAGAUAACAAGCUUACCGGAAGUAUACCUAGUUCUUUAUCAUCUAUUAGUCAACUAUCAGCUCUGUCUCUUAACAACAACGAAUUAACUGGCGAAAUUCCAGAUUCAUUUGAAGGCUUGACCGCUUUGGUCAAUUUGGAUUUGUCUAGUAACAAUUUGAGCGGCCAGUUGCCCCCUUCACUAAGAAACUCGUCAUCACUUACUACACUUCAUUUGCAGAACAAUCAGCUUUCUGGAGCUCUUGAUGUUUUACAAGAUCUUCCCUUAAGAGAUUUAAAUAUAGAGAACAACCUGUUUUCUGGACCAAUACCGGCAAAGUUGUUGAGCAUACCCACUUUUAGGCAAGCUGGGAAUCCAUUCAACACCAGUAUUGCUCCAUUAUCUCCACCAGCUGCCACUAUAACACGACCACCAGCGCCACCGUUUUUCUUGGGACCGAGUACUGAACAAACACCACCAACUUCUGGACGCAGACCUGGAAAACAGGCUGAUGGACCUUCUGCUACAAAGGAAUCAAAUUCUGUAAAGUCAAGAAGAUCUUCAAGGAUAAAAAGGAUAGUUUGGAUAUCCAUUGGAGCAGUGUUGUUGUUCAUAGUAUUGGUAUUAGCAAUCAUGCUUUUUGUUCCAAGAUGUCUCGAAAAAAGGCGAGAAGCUUACGGAACUCCAAAGCGGCAUGAGAUAGCUCCAUUAACAAGCACCCGAGAGAAUCCUAGAGAUGGUGGUUCCUUGGUACAACCUAGCAAUGACAAAGAGAAAGCUCCAAUAGUGGCAGUUGUGAGGCCAAAUGAAGAGAAGCAACAAAGAGCAGUGGGUUCGGUUCCCAAACCAUGGAGUGAGCAUGGGGUGAAUAACAAAAAGAUGAGUGGAGCACCUAAGCCGAAUCAUCAUGAGAUAGACAUGAGUAGAUAUGAAAUAGAUUUGAUGCCGCCGCCGCGGCCACCGCCGCCGCCGCCGCCGCCUCCUCCACCACCAGUUCUACUGUCAGAGAAAGUUAUUGUAAAGCCAAUUGCAGCAGCUGAAGCAACUGCAACAGAAUCUUUGACUAGACAUCUUCCUGCAACCUCUGUGAAGGCUUACACAGUUGCAUCUCUUCAGCAAUAUACCAAUAGCUUUUCAGAAGAAAAUCUUAUUGGGGGAGGAAUGAUUGGUAAUGUGUACAGGGCGCAGCUUCCUGAUGGAAAGUUGCUCGCUGUCAAGAAAUUGGACAAAAAAGUUGCCAACCAGCAGAAGGACGAUCAGUUUCUUGAGCUGGUUAACAGUCUUGAUAAAAUUCGCCAUGCUAAUGUGGUUGAACUCAUGGGCUACUGCGCAGAGCAUGAUCAAAGGCUUCUCAUCUAUGAGUAUUGCAGUAAUGGAACAUUGCAGGAUGCUCUAAAUUCUGAUGAUGAAUUGAAGAAGAAUUUAUCUUGGAAUACCCGCGUCAGAAUGGCUCUUGGAGCUGCAAGGGCUUUAGAGUAUCUGCAUGAGGUCUGUGAGCCACCUAUUAUCCAUAGGAACUUCAAGUCCGCCAAUGUUCUCCUUGAUGAUGAACUUGCUAUUCGUGUCUCCGAUUGUGGUUUGGCUCCUCUAAUAGCAUCAGGAACUGUGACUCAGCUGUCUGGACUUUUCACAACAUAUGGUUAUGGUGCUCCCGAAUUUGAGUCGGGAAUAUAUACUUCGAAGAGUGAUGUUUACAGUUUUGGUGUGGUGAUGUUGGAACUCUUAACUGGCAGAAUGUCAUAUGACAGGACACGGAUUCGAGGGGAACAAUUUUUGGUCAGAUGGGCAAUCCCUCAGCUUCAUGACAUUGACUCCUUAUCGAGGAUGGUUGAUCCUGCUCUCGAUGGAAAAUAUCCUGUUAAAUCAGUAUCACACUUUGCUGACAUUAUAUCCCGAUGUGUUCAGACGGAGCCAGAAUUCAGGCCGUUGAUGUCUGAAGUCGUGCAGGACCUCAUCCAAACGAUUCGAAGGGAAUCUCCGAAUAGAUCAGGAGAGUAA